GAUCCCACAACUGCGCUCCAGUGCGCAUUAGGAAGACUCGCAGAGGUCUAGCUGACAGGCAUGGAGACGAUAUCGAGAAUAUCUUCCAUGCUGGAAGCAGCUCGGGACCUCACGAUCGAAGCUGCCCAAUCUGCGGGCAGUAGCAGGAGUUUGCGCUCGCAAAGCUCGUCUCGGAAUACCUCCUCUGCACAAAUUAAGAAGCUGCUGGAUAGUCGCAAUGACCGAGAUAUACUAGACGGGCUACGAAAGGUCAUCUCGUUAAUGUACCAGUCGGAGUCCUGUCUACAAUACUUUUCAGCAGUCGUCAAAAAUGCCGCAAACUCAAACAUCGAGGUCAAAAAAUUAGUGUAUAUAUACCUCCUCCACCAGGCCGAAGCGGAACCAGAUCUCGCCUUGCUUUCGAUCAAUGCAAUACAGAAGUCGCUCACGGACUCUAACCCGCAGGUUCGGGUUAUGGCCCUGCGAACUAUGUCGGGUAUCAGAGUUCCCGUCAUCAGUCAAAUUGUUUCACUCGCCAUAAAACGCGGCGUUGGAGAUAUGAGCCCUCACGUCCGCAAAGCAGCUGCCUUGGCUAUACCGAAAUGCUAUCGACUCGACCCAAACACACUACCGCAACUGACAGGUUAUCUUUUGACUCUUUUGGGUGAUAGCCAAUACUUCGUGGUCGGUCCUGCAGUCUCCGCGUUUCUCGACGUAUGUCCUGAUCAGUUGGACUUGAUUCAUAAGCAUUACCGCAGUCUUGUGAAGAAGCUGGUGGACAUGGAUGAGUGGGGCCAGCUGGCUACAUUGCGAUUGUUGACAGUAUAUGCGAGAAAAUGUUUCCCACGAAAAACGCGGAAAGUGAAGAAGACAGAGGAAAGGGGGUUUUAUGAUGAAGACGAAAAUGCACCAGCCAACGGCGCAAUUAAUGGCGAUGAGACUGGCGAGGAGGUCCAAGUGCUAGACCCAGACCUUGAACUCUUCCUGCGAGGCUGUCGACCACUACUACAAAGCCGAACAUCUGCUGUGAUUGUGAGCAUAGCCCGCUGUUAUCUCUACCUCGGUACACCCGACUAUCUGGAAAGUGCUAUUGGACCACUGGUAGCACUUCUUCGUUGUCCCCAAGAUAUCCAGUACAUUGCACUCUACAACAUCGUCGCGGUUGCCUUGGAGGCUCCCCAGCCGUUUGCUAAAUACGCUUCUCAUUUCUUUGUCCAUGCAAUCGAUCCACCGCACAUUUGGCGCCUCAAACUUGAGGUGCUAACACUUCUCUUCCCUCAUCUUGGAAUACACCUUAGAGGCAUUAUCCUUAGCGAGCUUGAGCAUUUCUCGAACGCGACAGACCCUGAUUUGGUUCGAGAAAGUGUGCGUGCAAUCGGUCGCUGCGCGCAGAGCGAUGCACGAACCUCGACUCACUGCUUACGACUCCUUUUGAGCCAAAUCUCUAGUGUUGAUGAGAACGUAGUUUCUGAAUCGUUGACAGUCAUUCGCCACUUAAUCCAACAAGAUCCCGACGCACACAAGCAAACAGUGACUCGCCUAGCCGCCAGUCUCGAUACGACAGCCAGCUCAGGGGCACGGGCAUCCAUUAUUUGGCUGGUAGGGGAGUACGCAGCCGCCGAUCUGGAGACUAAUAUUGCUCCAGAUGUUCUACGCAUACUAGCUAAGAGCUUUCCUGACGAGAGUGAAGAAGUCAAACAGCAAAUUGUUCUUCUUGCUGCAAAAGUCUAUCUUCACCACCUCCUUCAAAACCCACCUCCAGAAACCGAGGAGCUGAAGGAAGAAAGCAAACCACAGCCUGAAUCCACUGUCAAAAACGAAUGGGCAGAGACUACGAAAGAAGAUGAAGUUAGCGAAGCUCCAGAACAGUCACUGCCGGAUAAACAGCCGGAAGACGACCGCAUCACCCUCCUGUGGAAAUACAUCCUUCUUCUCACGCGAUACGACACCUCUUAUGACCUCCGAGACCGUGCACGCAUGUACAGGGGUCUCUUGUCAGACCGUAAAAACACCCAGCUUGCCAGUCUCCUCCUCCUAGCGCCCAAGCCUGUUCCACACGCCCCAAGUCCGUCAGAGACUCGAAAGGAUCUCUUAAUCGGCACGUCGACAUUAGUGGUGGGGCCUGAUUCGGGAAUUCAUGGGUUGACAGGCUACGAGCCGUUACCGGACUGGGUACCCGCCGGACAGGAACCGGAUAGCGCAUUACGGGACGCUGGCUUGAUGAUGGAGUCAUCUGUUGAGCGAGCCACGGGUAUGACGGCUGGCCAACGACUGGACAAGGCUGUCAAGGACCAUGAAAUUAGUGUCGCAUCCGGAACGGCACAGGCGCGGCAGUCUGGCGUGGCGGGUCCGAGUGGUAGCCAGCCAGGAGGACAAAAGAGCCUCAACGAUUGGCUGGAUGAAGAAGAAGAGGAGGAGGAAGAGGAGGAGGAGGAAGAAGAAGAAGAAGAAGAAUCCGGCUCUACAGAGUAUGAAACGGACUCGGAUGAAGAGACAGACUCGGACGAGGAGGAAGAAGAGGAGUCGGAUGAAGAUACCUCUGCACACCAAGAAUUAUUGAAAAAAUAAUAUCUAAUUAGACAAUAAAGACUUUCAGACU